AUGGGCGAGAAGACAAGACUCCAAAUGUUAAUGUGGCCGCGUGCGCGUCAGAGUCGCCGCCAGCUGAGACAAAUCACGCUUGUCCUAGGACUCGUUUUGGCCUUCUACUGUCUCGUAUUUGUCUGGCACCGGCCAGCAUCCAAACUGCAGAGGACGCGCCCGCUGCCGCCACAGAUCCUCAACAACCUGUCUCUUGACGCAGAGCAGUGCGGGGCCUAUUUCCCGGGGCUCACCCAGGAAAUUGACGAUGUCGUGGCCCAGGGGCCGUUCCAAGUGAAGCAGACAGGCGACUUGGGGCCGCUGCAGGGGAGGAUCAAGGACGGACGAAUAUACAUAAUCCACGCCCAGCGCAAAUCCGACCUCUCCCAAGAGAUGCUGAACUCCCGGACCGCCUCCCUGCACCAACUCCACCGCGCCCUCAUCACCUCGCCCUCGCCGCUCCCAGACACCAUCUUCACGCUCAACUUCCAAGACCAGCCCUUCGGCACAGCCUGGGCCUACAGCCGACACGCCGACCCGGCCUUCGGCUCCUCCUCUUCCUCCUCCUCCACCUCCAAAAACGACCCCAACAAGCGCUCGUUCCUGAUGCCACACUUUUCCUUUUGGGCGUGGGACCUGCCCUUCAUCGGCUCCAUGUCCCGCGCGGCGCAAGCCAUCUCCGAGCUCGAAGCUUCGUACGGAUACCUCGACUCCCCCGGAAAAAAAUCAAAAUGGCACGCCAAGAUCGCCAAGGCCGUCUGGCGCGGCACGACAUGGUUCAACAGCGUGCACAGCCCACGGAUGCGACAGGACCUGGUGAGGGCGGCGAAGAAUCAGCCGUGGGCCGACGUUGAGGCGCUCGACUGGACGGGCGGGGCGGAGCACAACGCCAGCAACGCGCUGCCCAUUGAGGAGUUUUGCCGGUACAAGUACGUCGUGCACACCGAGGGGAUCGCGUACAGCGGCCGAUUCCAAUUCCUGCAGAUGUGCGCCAGCGUCGUGCUCACGCCGCCCAUCAUGUGGAUGCAGCAUGUCACGCACCUUGUGAGGCCCGUGCUCUCGAGCGAGUUGGACGGGAUCGGGGGGAAGCGGUGGACACCGACUGAGAAAGUGAGGAGGGCGUGGCCGGUCGGGUACAGGCCUGAGGAGGCGAAUAUGGUGUUUGUCUCGCCGGACUGGUCGGAUUUGGGUGAGACGGUGGUCUGGUUGGAGGCGCAUCCUGAAAUUGCGGAGGGGAUUGCGAGGCGGCAGCGGGAUUUGUUUGUUGGGGGUGGGUAUCUCAGCCCGGCGGCUGAGACGUGCUAUUGGCGUGCGUUGGUGAGGGGGUGGGCGAAGAUGGCGAGGACCGAAGGCCAGGGUUGGGAGGAGACCGAAGGGAUCCCGUUCGAGACGUUUAGCCUGACAAAUACUGUGUGA